AUGGAUGACAACAACCUCUUUGAAGCUAAUUCUUUGGGUUCUAAAUACACUUGGGAUAAUGGUCAAUCUGGUGUUGGUAGAAUUCUUUGUAAACUUGAUCGUGCUAUAAUUAAUGAGGCUUGGUUAGAAAAAUUCGAGAAUUGCUGGUGUAAAGCUCUUCCAAGGGAAGUUUCCGACCAUUCCACUCUUGACUGGAAUUUGAGGGGUUUUGGGAAUGUUCAUACUCGUUUAAAACAUGCAAAGUUGAGAAUGGAAGUGGCUCUCCGAGCCUAUGAUGAAGAUCCGGAAGAUGAAACUAAGCUGAAUUCUAUGAAGGAGGCUUCAGUUUCCCUUGAGAAUACUCGUAGGAGUAAUAAUGUGAUUUAUGAAUUAGUUGAUGAGAAUGGUACUACCAUUACGAGUUAUGAGCAAAUUAGAGACUUCACGGUUCAAUAUUUUGAAUCUAAAUUCAAUGGGGUGGAGCAACCUAUUGAUGAUAGUAUUUUUCAUUAUGAUCAUGAGAGCAUUUCUGUGGAGGACAGUAUGAUGAUGGAUGGGAUUCCUUCUAUGGAGGAAAUUAAAGCCCCAGUUUUUGAUUUGGGGGCUGAUAGUGCACCGGGGCCUGAUGGGUUCUCUGGGUGUUUCUAUAUACAUUGUUGGGAUGUGAUACAACAAGACCUUGUCAAUGCGAUUACUUAUUACUGGAUGCACAAAAUUAUUCCUCAGGGAGUUAAUUCGAGUCUUAUGAUUCUUCUGGCUAAGGUGAUGGGUGCUAACACACUUCUUCUUGCUACGAUACUUGGUGGAGUUCUUGAUAAACUUGUUUCGGAAGAACAAGUUGCUUUCAUGAAGGGUAGAAAUAUUCAUGAGAAUAUUAGCGUGGCCUCUGAAAUGGUAAAUGAAUUGAAAAACAAGCGGAAAGAUGGUAAUGUCGGUCUUAAACUUGAUAUCUCUCAGGAUUUUGACACGAUUAGUUCGGCUUUUGUCUUGGAAGUAUUUCGUAAGUAUGGAUUUUCUGAAAAUUGGUGCUCUUGGAGUUUGGCUAUUCUUAGCUCAGCACGUAUUUCUAUUCUUCUUAAUGGUAUUCCUGAAGGCUUUUUCAGUAUUAAUAGAGGUCUGCGCCAAGGUGAUCCUCCGUCUCCUCUUAUUUUUGUGCUGAUUGAAGAUGUGUUGAGUAGGAACCUUUCCAAGAUUUUUCUCAACAAGAGUAUGACUCCUAUGUUGUCGAAAAAAGCUGCUUCUGGGCAGACGGUUUGUCGUCAAAAGAGCAAAGUGUAUUAUGGUGGAAAUUCUUUGAGUCGGUGUAGAACUAUCACAGAUUUAUUGGGUAUGGAAGUCUCAACUUUUCCGGAUCGUUAUUUGGGUGUUCAAAUUAUGCCAGGAGACGCUGAGGUAAGUAGAAAAUUUGUGGUUGCUUAUGAUAAAGUUUGCUGUCCGGUGAAGGAAGGUGGUCUUGGAAUUACUAAAUUAUCUAUCACAAAUAAGGCUCUUCUUAUGAAGUUGUGGUGGAAUAUUCGUUCUUCUAAGAAAAAAUGGGCUCGUUUCCUUUAUGCUAAAUACACAAAUAAUAAGGAUAGAAUUAAGGAGUAUGGUAUCAAAUCUUCCAAUCUUCCAGGUAUUAAGCAAGUCUAUAAAGAGGUGGAUAGCAACACUAAAGUGAUUCUUGGUGAUCGUCACUCUACUUCUCUUUAUUUUGACAUUUGGUAUAAAUAUACUUCAAUUGCCGAGAUUAUUGGUGAAACAGGUUUGGACAACAAGGUAAAGGUCAGUUAUUUACUUGUUAACAAUGAAUUGGUUAUCCCUGAUUCUCAUAUGCAUAACUUUCUACGUGUUGGUGUUACUUUGGCUGAUUUUCCAAGACCUUUGGGAGGUGAUGAUUGCAGGGUUUGGAUGCCUGAUUUGAAAGCAAAAUUCUCGGUUUGGGACUGGAUUUCACAUAUUUUUAAUCUUAUUCCUCACCUUAGUCUGAUUACUUCUUACAAGGCUGCUAAAGGGAGGAGUCAAAUUAUCAAAGAUCUUUGGAUGGUUACAAAUUUGAUUGUGCGUGCUGAAUUGUGGCUUACUCGAAACAAAGUUGUUUUUGAUAAGAAGACGACAAACUUGGAGUUUCUCAAGAAGAGGAUUUUUCAUCUUGUGCAUGAACAUUCAGUUCGGAUUAAAAUCUAUAUGCACAACUCCGUGUAUGAUUUGUGCAUCCUUAAUUUCUUUAGAGUACUCCAUAGAAGGGUGAAGACUAUUCAACCAAUUGAGUGUCACUGGAAACCUACUCCAAGGAACGUUUUGCUUCUUUGUUGUGAUGGCGCUGCUAAGGACAAUCCAGGGCGUGCAGGUGCGAGUGAUGUUGCUAGAGAUGCUGAUUGUAACGUGGUUGGAGCUAUGAGUAUUGGACUGGGCAUAACGAACAACUACAUGGCUGAAAUUUUUGGCAUCAUUGUGCUUGGAGUGGGCUGUUCAAUGGAGGAUGCGACAUAUUUUGGUUAG